AUUUUUAAGUCGUUAGUCGAUGAUUUAAAGAAAAAAAUAUCGGAACCGAUUAGUCUUACUAGCUUAUCGCGGAAUCCAAUAAAGUCAAGGACGCCGCGGACUAUUAUUGGAGGAGGUAAAUUUGAUCUACUUGGUGCAUCUUCACAAUUAGCAGUAUUAAAGGGGGUUUGUGACGAACUGGUGGUAGGAUCUGAUUGGUUAUCGGUGGUGAGUGAGGCGAAUCUAUUUGUUGUUACAAACAUAGGUUUUUUUUUACUUGCCUCUUGGCCGUCGGAUUUUGCAGAGAGAUGACGUUUGGCAGUUUUUUUUGGUGUUCCGAAGUCAUCGUCAACCUUUUCUGUUGAAUCGUUGAACACGUCACUGGAUACACUCUGUAUACUGGUGUUUCUUGAUGGGACUUUUUUUCCUAUAGUAGUUGACGAUUUAUCUAUAGAUUUUUUUUAUUUGAUUGUGAGUGCCGUGUUUAGUGUAGUCAUUGCUGUUACGUGUCUUGCGAUAACGUAGACGGUGGUAGUCAGCCACGGUAAUUACCGACGGCUGCGCGCCGGACUACGGACGCGUGCUAAUAAAGAUAAUUUAAUUUAAUUUUAAUUUUACGAUACGUAAGCGGAGAGAAUAUAUUUUAAUAGCUACGAUAACGGAGCAACAAUUUGAACGUACGUGCGAUCGUAAUGACAGCCGGCACUGAACUGAAAAGCAAAUUUAAAACUUAAAAAUGCACAAAAACAAAUGGGAUACCCGGAAUUAAAGUUAAUUCAAGACGUUUGUACGCGGUGGAACUCCACGUAUGACAUGUUUCAACGGUGUAUCGAUAAUAAAGAACCUCUUAUGAGUACAAUUGCAAUAAUAGGUAAUAUGGAUAAUUUAGUACACGAAGACUUUGAACUAAUAAAACACUACUGUGCGAUAUUUAAACCGUUUAAAGAAGUUACUAUCGAACUAAGUAGCGAAAAAGGCAUUUCGAUUUCAAAAGUGUUAAUUUUAAUAAAAGCGUUACAUUCACAUAUAAAAAAUAAAGAAAAAGAACCAAAUUUACCAAAUGCUAUACAUUUGAUGCUUUCUAAAAUGGUAAUAAAAGCCAAUGCUAAAUUUGAAAAUAUCAAAAACCAGCCUAUUUUAACAGAAGCAACUAUUUUAGACCCGCGGUUUAAAAAAAAAGCAUUUAAUAAUCAGUAUACAUAUCAAAAAACAUACGAAAAGAUAGUACAAAAAGUUGCAAACAAUAUUCGUUUAAAUCAAAGUCCAGCAGAAAAUGAAGAAAAUGAGAAAACCAUACCGACCGAUCGUGAAAACGAAACUUCUGAAAUUUGGCAACAGUUUGACUCUCAGGUGUCUACUUCAACUUCAAUCAACACACCAACAUCUGAGGCUAUUGUGGAGUUGGAUAGAUAUUUGAAUGAACCUAUACUAGACCGAAAAUCAAAUCCUCUUAAAUGGUGGAAUGACAGAAAAAAAAUCUAUCCAAAUUUAUUUGAUUUGAUGCUAUUGCGUUUGUGUGUACCAUCAACAUCAGUUCCGAGUGAAAGGACCUUUUCAAAAGCUGGCUAUACCAUUUCCGAAAGACGUAAUAGAUUGUCAACAAAAAACACGGAAAUGUUGAUAUUUUUAAACAGUAAUUAUUAAAUACUAUUAUUUAAUUUUUAAUUUUUAUCCAUUUUAGGCUUAGGCAAGUAACUAAGUUAAUUUUAGAAGUUUGAGUUUAUUUAUUUUAUUGUUAUU